GAGAUCGAGCCGACCUCCCCGAAGCAGAGCAAGAUUUGAGUUGAGUGUAGGAGCUGGUCGAGUCGGUGUACGUUCGUACUCUCCCGCUCCCUCGCCGUCGCUCCGUCUUCUUCCUCCCCCCUCAGAUCGAUCCCUCUAGAACUCGCCCCUCUCUUCGACGCAGACGGUUGGUGAGUAAGAGAGGACUAGGGUAGAAGUACCGCCGCCGCCGCCGCCACUAAGAAAGCCUUCUGCACGCUACCCCUGGUUAGGCUCUUCCUCCUACCUACCUCGCUUUUCCGUCUUCUUCUUAUUCUCGUUCUCCUUCCCGGCUCGCUCGAUCUCGAUCAGGGUAUUGGGAUGGCUUCUGAGCAGGCUGCGGCUGGAUCCUGCCCCACGGCUCAAGUGGUCGGAAAUGCCUUUGUGCACCAGUACUACCAUAUCCUGCAUCAAUCGCCGAACCUGGUUUUCCGGUUCUACCAGGAUUCGAGCAAGCUCGGGCGUCCUGGUGCGGAUGGAGGGAUGAGUAUCGUCACCACAACUCAAGAAAUCAACGAAAAGAUACUCUCAAUGGAUUACAGUGGUCUCAAGGCAGAGAUAAAGACUGUGGAUGCUCAGGACUCCCUCAAUGGGGGUGUUCUUGUGCUUGUGAGUGGAGAACUCAUCUCAAAGGACAAUGUCAAAAGGAAUUUCACUCAGUCCUUCUUUCUUGCACCUCAAGACAGAGGAUACUAUGUUUUAAAUGACAUCUUUAGGUAUGUCGAAGAGAUAGGGCACCCAGUGGUAAACAAUGGAGUGGCCAACAACGUGAAUGAAGAGGUUCAUGAAGAACUGCCUACACGUGAGCAAGAGCCUGCUCCUAUUGAGGAGAGUCACGUGGUGGACCAAGCUGCUCAUAUGUCUGAAGAGGAUCAUAACGGGGAAGAAGUCUACAAUCCUUCGGAUGAUGAGGAAGGUUCAGUUGUGGACGAGGAACCUGUGGUUGAGGAGGUGGUUGAUGAACAUAACAGUGGACAACAGCAUCCAACUGAUUCAACAUCUUCUUCAGCCCUAGAAGAAGCUCCUAAGAAGUCAUAUGCAUCAAUUGUAAAGGUCAUGAAGGAAAGCUCUGCCCUUUCACCUUCCCCAGCAUCCUCUCCUGCCAAGCCUCUAGCUCCAGAGAGACAAUUGGUACCAACGCCAUCAGCGGCUCCCAUUGUGGAGACGUCAGUGUCCAGUUUAAGUGCUGUUGAGAACAGCAGCGUCCAAGAGGCUGAAGCUGCUGACGGGCACUCGAUAUACAUAAAGGGUUUGCCUUUCAAUGCUACUCCUUCUCAACUCGAGGAAGAAUUUAGGAGGUUUGGUCCUAUUAAGAGUGGUGGUGUUCAAGUCAGGAGCAACAAGCAACAAGGAUUCUGCUUUGGAUUUGUGGAGUUUGAAUCCUCAAGUUCCGUCCAAAGUGCAAUAGAGGCUUCACCGCUAACUAUUGGUGGCCGUCAAGCUUAUGUUGAAGAAAAAAGGCCAUCUAGUUCUCGAGUUGCCCGAGGCCGCUUUCCCAGCGGCAGGGGUGGAUUCCGCAAUGAUGGAUUGAGAGGAGCGCGGGGCAACUAUGGUGGUGGAAGGAGCUAUGGCAGGGGGGAUUUCAACUACCGAUCAGACUUUGCAUAUAGGACUGGUCAAGAAGGCUCUUCAAACCGUGGUGGUGAGAGUGGAUAUCAGAGGGUCGACCAUGCAGGGAAUGGAGGCAGCCGAGUGAACCGUGCGGGUAGCUUCAACAUGAAUGGGCCCACGAAGGCUGUUGCUCCCAGAGUGCCAGCCCCUGCUUGAGAAGUAUCAAGUCACUGCUGUUCGGGACAUUGUUGGGGUAACUGAAGCGUGUGAUUCUUGAAGCAAGUUGAACGUGGAAUAUUACGGGAGAUAUCCCAGAGGUAGAGUCAAGCCUUAGCCCAUCCUCCUGUUGGAGUUUCGGGGCGAUUUCGGUUAAUUUUUGGAGUAGUUGUACCCUUUAGCAUAGGAUGGCUAAGCGGGUCUCAGAUUUUGAUCCUCGGUUUGUGUUCUCGUUCAUUUUGUCUUUCUGAGGUGGAAUGCCUUGGGUGGUUAUUAGUUUUUGGAGAGUAGAUAGAAUCCUUCUGCUUUUUUGCCUUCCUUUUUCUUCCUUCCCCUGCAUUUUGUGUAGCUAGGAGAAGGAAACGUGAUGGAGGAUGUUCUUCUAAUGUGAUGGUAACGGUUCUCUACAGAAUGAUCAAUACAUCCUUAUAAUGAUCAAUACAUUCUUAUACUUUUCUGAAUAACUGGUAAUUACAAUUCUUUGUUCUUUAAUAAUUUCAA